ACAUUGUACAACUGAAGGAAGCAAUAUUUUGUUCCUUUCGGAUCUCGCCGUCAGCGACAUUGAAAGGUAACUUGUUUCAGAGUCGUCAAAAUGGCUAACCGACUUGACGAGUUUUCAGAACGCAUAACCAAAGAUCUGGACCGCUCCAUGGAUUUCUGGAUAAACCAUUCACACGACGAUACUCACGGGGGAUUUUUCAACUGUAUCAGUAAAGAUGGACAAGUGUACGACCGUCUGAAACACGUCUGGUUACAGGCAAGGCAGGUGUGGACUUACUGUCGCCUUUACAACGAAGUCGAGCGAUUCCAAAGACAAGAUAUCCUACAGGCAGCUUUGAAAGGAAUGGCCUUCCUUCAAAAGUAUGCCAAGGAUCCUCAGACUUGUAAGUGUCACUUGGUGCUGACAGAGGAUGGCAAAGCUGUGAAAACCCAGCGAUCCAUCUUCUCCGAGUGUUUCUAUCUCAUGGCUCUGUCGGAGACCAGCAGGGCGAGCGGGGACAAGGCUUAUAUGACAGAAGCUUUACAAAUGAUGGACAAGAUCGUGUACUGGGUUCGAGAGGACGACACAGAUUUAGGACGACCGGCCAUGGAAGGAGCCAUGCCCACUAGCACUCUUGCUGUACCGAUGAUGCUUCUGUGUUUAAUUGAUCAACUAGAAACUGUGGACCCAACACUGGAAACAAGAUACAGGGACCUCACGGGCUGGUGUCUGACCGAAGUCAAGAAACACAUUCAGAGGGACGGCACUGUUAUCCUGGAGAAUGUGAGUCCAGAAGGAGAAGAACUCCCAGGCAGUGCUGGAAGACUGAUGUUACCGGGGCACUCAAUCGAGGCUGGCUGGUUCCUGUUACAGCAUGCCAUCAGCAAGGGAAAGGACGAUGUGAAGAAAAUGGCCAUCGACAAGUUCAUCUUAAAUCCGUUUAAUUAUGGUUGGGACAAAAUUCACGGCGGACUGUUUUACUUCCUGGAUGUGGACAACUGGUCACCUACACAGCUAGAGUGGGAUAUGAAACUAUGGUGGGCUCACAACGAGGCUCUCAUUGCCUUCCUCUUGGUGUACAAAGAAACCGGCGACGUUAAAAUGAUCGACAUAUUUGCAAAAAUAUUCGACUACAGUUACACUCACUUUGUUGAUGAGGAAAAUGGUGAAUGGUAUGGUUACCUCAAUCGAAAUGGUGAAAUCAGCAUGGACUUCAAGGGUGGCCCUUGGAAAGGAUGCUUCCAUGUUCCUCGCUAUCUAAUGAUGUGUGAAAAGAUGCUGAAAGAACUAAAACAAUAAAGUUUCCAACAUUGUCAUUACUGACGUUGCAACUGAAGGACUAGUCAUUUUGUUGACAAUAGUUGUUAAAACUUUUAUAACAAUGCAGAAUAAUUUUGUACUGAUGAUUCAAUGUAAUUGAUGAAAAAUGUUCAUGAUUCAACUUUCUUGAUUGUUUUUAGUAAAUGAUCUUUCAAAGAUAAAUAAAGCAUUACCCAAAAUUUCAAUGAUUAUACAAAAUAUUUGCUUUAUCAAGAUAUCCUAUCAUGACAAUA